AUGCGUGAUUUGGCGUUCUCAGCAACAGAAACAUUCCUUUAUGAACUUUAUAUUUGAAAACAUUAGCAAAAGAGCUAAAGAGAAACAAACAAAAAAUGUACCGUAAAGAAAAACCAAUUACACUAAAGGGAUCGACUUCAGCUCUUUGCAACAAUCUCUCAGUGUUUCUUAUGCCAGAUAGGAAGCAAAUUAGCUACGCUGUUGUGCACAGAGCCUUAGUCAAUAUAGCUUGUGCGUCAACUGACGGAACAUCAGUGGUCGGACGUCAAGUUAUAUGCAAAGAGCCGUCAGCAACUCAAGGUCUUCCUUUUGUUUUACAGGUACUUUAAUUAAAUGGGAAUCGCGUUAUUACGUGCUAAAAUACUGCAAGUUUUUGGGGCUCACAUUAAUCCCCCAAAUCUCCACCAACGUUUAUUACACUUUCCCUUGCCUUACCACCCACUUCAUGUGACCAUUUGGUGUGGAGUGACAUAACUUCAGCUCAAAUUUGGCUACCUUAGCAUGCACAGUGGGGGCUGCAAGAGCAGUGCCAACUCCAUAAAAUUGCUGGUUUGCACAGUGAGGAGAUUUACUGACCGCCCAUUUUCAAAAAAUAGUGUGACUAUUUUUGUUUGAGCUGCAAUGGUGCAUUGUAAUCUCCCAAGUUUAAUGUCUGAAAUAAAUAAAUAAUAAUAAUACAAUUUUCACAGAUAAAAAAAAAUUAUUUUUUUCAAAUGGAUUGGAAGGUUACUUUUUGUUCACCCUGUAUUAAGUUAAUAUUAAGCUUUUGGCCUAUGCAGCGUAGAGUGCCAUCUUACCAUUCAAAUGACACUGGAACCUAGAUGAAGUCAGUCUUCUAUGUUUGAGAUAAUAUCAACAUGGAGAACUUCUGCCUAUGGUGGACAAUUCAAUUCAUUGUGACUUCACAGACAAGGUCCACUGUUCAAUUUGGAGACUGCAUGAUAAGUUUCCUGGUCCAUGUGAAAGGAUCAAAUGUUUUUAAUUCAAGGGGGAACUAACCUCAGAUUUUUCACUUAGUUAUAAUAGUAAUUACUUACCUUUACACCACGUAUCCCAAAUAGUAGCCUCUAAAAGUGUUAUUAACAAUAAAAUAUAUAACUAAAUUACCUACAAUUAAUCACAUUCACAAACAAAUGUUCAAAGGACAAGACAUAUUUACAUAAUAAUAAUAGUUGGCACUUGGCAAUAGAUUAAGAUUAAUUAUAAUUGACCCUUUUGUCUUUGCAUAUCUGUGCAACCCUGUUUAAUUUGUAGUUAUUUGUUGUUAUGUAUUUCCAGUUCAGAUGAAUGGUUAAUAUUAAUUAGUCUAUUUGAUAGUAUUAAUUAAGUUAAUGCUAUGCCAUGCUAUGCUAUUUUACCAAACAUCCUAUUACACAAAAAAAUUGUUAAAUUUACUAUGUAAUUCUUGUUUCAAAAUUAUAGUCUAAAUGGGUUUGUUUACCCUCAAGGACAGUUAUAGUACUGACUUCAUCUAGAGGCAUACAAGUAAGAAAUAUUUUAUUUUAAAGCGUUAAUUAACUAGUCUGUGUUUUUAAGCACUGUUCACAUCUUAUUUAAUGUUGUGAAAAUUCAUUGAUUUUCCAUUAUGCAAGAGAGCUAGACACUGGUCAUUUUUUAAACACAUAGACAUCACCAAAUGAAAGAGUAUCAGACAUAGCAAUGGGAGAUUGUAAUAUCACCACUGGACUAACAAUCCAGACAAAUCUUUUAUUUAAUUAUUUAAACAUAAUAAGGAAUGUAAAUAAUUUUGUGUAAACUUUGUAUUUUUCAGAUUUUUGAGCCUGAUGGUUCAGCAUUAGUACAUUGGCAUUCUCUGAGUGAUUCAAGUGGUAAUGUAGAUUUUAUCAGAGCUUAGACUGGAUAUGUUAAAGAAAUAAUAGUUAAGGAAUUAAAAUUCUCCAGAAAUGAGAUAUAAGACCACAUUUUUCUGUUAGACAUUUUACAUCCCCUUAUAUUUAAGACAACUUCACUGGCUUCAUUAUGUCUUCGGUGGUAAGUCUUAAUAUAAAUAAGGGGCAUAAUCUUUUCUUUAUAAAGAAAAAGACUAUAGUGUCUUUUAAAUCCUUCUAUAAGUGCAUGCAGUAAAGAAAAGACACCAAAGCCUAGUAUUAAAGUCCGAACAGGUAUGAGUUGCAUCAUGAGAUUAAAACACUAUUGAGUUUGAAGUGGUCUAAGUAUUCACAAUGGGUAUUUUUCUCAGCAUGAGGAACAAUGGUAUCAUCCAAAAGGUGAAGGCUAAGACUAGCUUAAUCUGGACAUUCUAACCUCACCACUUGGGCUCAUUCACAAGAUAAUCAUGAAUUAAUACAUCAUUUUAUCCUGUUAGUUGAAGGAGAAUAUUGAAACCAAGUCUUUCAAUUAGCAAGAUGCAUUGUCUGGUGGAUAGAUCCAGUUUGGGAAAUACAAUUUGAACCUAUUUAUUGCAUAAUAGUACAGCUGCAAAAAUAGCCAGGGGCAUACAAUAAUAUCAGGAGCUUGCUACGAGUAAAGUACAAGAGGUUGUAACACAUAUUUGAAAAUCUUCUGAAGCUUCCUGAUAUUUUUGGUUUACUUUUAACAUAAAAAAAGUAAUGUGUAAGAAAACAAACAAUUUAUCCCUUUUCAAAUGUUCUUUAUGUAUUCUUUUUAUAAUUUCUGUUACUUUUUUAUGAUAUUAUACAACACAUUUCCAUUAGGGUUAACCACAUUUUGUGAAAGAUAGCAAAUAGAUCAUAUGUCAUGCUGUAAUUUUUUUAUGUAGCUUUCAUAAGAAAGCAAGUAAAAUUCUCUACACUAAAUAAAAAUCAUGAAAUUCUACCACUAACUAAAAUUAAAUGAAGAAAUGAUUCAUUAAUAAGUUGCAAGAUUUUGGUUUGUUUCUUGUACACAAAGCAAACCUAAUCUCUGGUUCUAAAUUUCAUACUUCAGUAUUUCUGAUACUGCCUUUUCUUUUUUUUUUACUUUUUUAAAACAGAUGAAAUUUAGGCAGGAAAUUUCAUUAUUAAAAUGUAGUCACUAGACCAGUUUCUAAUCCACAAUAACAUAAGCAUGCACAUUUAUUCAAAUGCUUACUUGCUUUUCACCACACUUCCUCUAGAGCUCCAUUUUGCUACAUUUGUCAGUUGACGAUUGAGUUUUCCUGCACUGGUUCUAGAGGCAUAACUGUCUUGAUGUAAACAAUACUAAAAAAAAAAGAAAAAUUUGUUUUGGCUACAUAACGUUACUCUUUUAUGUAUAAUUGAAAGCUUAUUAUACUUUUUAACUUUACUGAGCAAAAUUGUCAGGAAGUGACUUUUUGAGAUCAUUUUAAUUAAUGUGUCAUACACUCUGAAAUAAUUUCUCCAUAUUUUGCAGAUCAAGCUCACCUGGCUCGAGGUAUUGCAGGAGUUGGAGAGCAAUUUCUUUGUGUGGGUUAGUUAAACCAUUAUUACAUGUUUGCUAUAACAUUUUAUGGACCCUGCAGCUGGGUAAUGAAAUAGAUUUUAAAAUAACAAUAUUUUCACCAAAUAAUUAGAUCAAACUUUCUUUUGACAGGCACUGAGAAAGGAUCUAUAUUAGUGUUUAAUCUGCCACCCAAAGGCCCAAAUGUCACACUAGAGGAUACACUAACAGGUAGAAUAUAAAAAAAUAUGUUAAUUCUUUUAAGUGUUUAUUGUUUAUUUGGAGGAUUGGAUGUUCAUUUUUUUUAUAAAGUUAUUGAGAAGAUGUAUUUAAUUUGUAAUUGAAAAAAUCAUUUUCUCCAGAUUGAAACUAAAACAGGUGGAAAAAAAAAACAACAACUUGAGAGUAGAAAUGAUACUCAUCUAAAACUCUGAUGUUGUAACAUUUAAGAUAUGUAUUUUGCUAUUUGGUGCGAGUUUUGCUGGAUGCCAUAUAUUUGUGAAUAUAGAUAUGUAUUCUGUCAUAUCUUGUUUAACAAAAAAAUACACAUGAAAUAUACAAGUCUAUGUUAUCAGGUUUUUUUUGUCUUUGGUGACAUAGAGGCAGAAGUCUUGCUACAACCAAAGCAACCUAGAUAAUUGUUUAAAUGGAAAUGUAUAAGAUUUUUAUUGAAAAUUUCCACCUAUUUUACUUUGAAGAGUGUCUCCCCAGGUCAUAAAUCUCCUGUAACAGACCUUGCGUCAGAAAAAGACACACUCGUCAGUGCUGAUGGGUUGGGAUAUAUAAUAGUGUGGAAGGCAAAGGGCUCGAGUUUUACUCAAGUUUCAAGUAUGAGAGGGGAUGGGUGAGUCAAGACGUAUUAAUAUUGUCUUGAUAUAGAGUGGUUUAAAGUACGGUACUUGUUGUAACACUUUUUCAAUGAUUACUCUCUGAGUAUGUAAAUAAUAUUUAAUAGUUAAUGCACACAAAAUACGCAGCUCCCUUUUCAAAUCUAAUUUAAAAUAAAUGUCUGCAGUUUAUAUUUUUUAGAUGAUUAAGUGGUGGUAAAAUGAUAAUUUAUGCUAUAAUUCAGUAUCAGAUUUUUAUUAAUUUAAACAUUUGAAAAAAAAUUUAAUUGAAAUAUAAUACUAAUAAUAGUGAUGAAAUUAAACUUAUAAUAUGUACUAUAAUAAAGACUGCAUGUUUUGUUUUAAAAUUUUAAUUCAUGAGCCAAAAGAUGGUUCUUAUUUGAGCUCAGUAAGUUUUUGGCUCUAUCAGUUGAAUAGUUUAUAGUCUUGGCGGCUUCAACUGGUUUCUAACAGUGAUAAAAUAUUAAAACUUAUCUGACAUUUUAUUUAUUUGAAUUAUUAUGUUAUAACAAUAAGUUUAAUCAUCCAAACAGAUGGGCUUGCAACAGUUUAGCAAUAUGGAAAGGGAUAGUUGUUGGUGGCUAUGCUUCGGGUCACCUUCGGGUGUACAACGGCAACACUGGUGUUAUUGGUGCUGAGGUCGCAGCUCACGCUAGGGCCAUAAAUGCCAUUGAUGUUUCCAGGGAGAGUGGAAUGGUGGGUAAUUCAAUGUACAGGACAUAUACAAUUUCAGUUUUCAGAAAAAUUCACUUAUAGUGGGAUUUUUUUAAAUGGAAAAUAUAAAGACAGUUGGAGCGUUUACCGAAAUAACAAGGAAAACUGCAGUUAUAGUUCCUGUCUUAGUUGAAGGUAUUAUGUGUUUAUGUCCCUUUGGCUACCCAACAAAACCUUUCAUAGCUAGUCUUAUACUUAAACUUAAAGUAUGAUCUUAUGAGGUUGAAAAACAUACUGACUUUUAGAGUUACCAUAGAAACUGGAGUUAAUUUAAACAUCUUAGUAGGCUAAAUAAAAAAAAACACUGUUGCAGUUCACAUCUUAUUUAAUGUUGUUCACUAAAAAACUUUCACAAAGUAUAACUCAUCAUCGCUAUGAUUCUGUUAUUAAUAUUAUCAACUUUGCAGCUGAUCUCAGUUAGUGAUGACACUUUCUUCAGAUUAUGGCAGCUAAGACCAAUGAAUGUACCACAGGUAAAGAUAACUUUAUUGAUUUUUUUCCUUAUAAUUAAUUCAAGUAUCAUAUUGUGUUUCCUAGUGCGAUUCACUUUUGCCUUAUUUAAAUUGAAUGAAUUUACUUGUUAUAUUUCCUUCAACCUGAAGAUAAACGCUCAAGACAUAUUAUUGACAGACAUGAAGACACAUAACCUAUAGUGAAUUUAAGUAAGUCUUAUGCAAUCUGUGCCCCCCCCCCCCCCUUUUCCUCACUUGUAAAACAUGCUCAAACGUCAUCUCAAAGCCCCUCACUUAAUUUGAUACUAUGACCCCUACCUGAAAAAAAUUUAAGUAAGUCUUAUGCCAUCUGUGCCCCCCCCCCCCCCUUUUCCUCACUUGUAAAACAUGCUCAAACGUCAUCUCAAAGCCCCUCACUUAAUUUGAUACUAUGACCCCUACCUGAAAAUUGAUGGGUUUUGACUAACAUAAUCAAUAUCUUUAAAUUCUUACAAUAUCAUUAUGAGUAAUUUCUUUGAUUGCUAACAUGGCAGAUUGAGUUUCGUCACAGUGAGUGUGUGUCAGACUUACAACUCGUUGGAGGUCAGUUUGUUGACGACCAAGGGAGAGUGCUGUGCGUCACUGGGUAUGAUAGCGCUGAUAUCAAUUUCUAUAUCAGAGCCUGAGAAAGUUGACCACACUGAAUGCUGAGUUGGAAAUCAACAGUCUCUUCAAGUCCAAUGAUUUAAAUACUUGCAGUUUUAUCAUUCCUAUUUAAUGAUUAAUGAGAUUUAUCCUGGAAAGAACAGCAAUCCUGUGAUAAGAGUGAGUUUAAUAACGAGAAAGUGAGAUAGUAUGGGUCAUAAUUUGCAAAUAAAUAUAUGAUAAUCAUGAAUUUAUAUGUCAAUAAGUAUGACAUUUAGCAAGAGCCUAUAUAAAUAAAUAAUGUAUAUGUAAGUUUAAGCUGCACUGUAAAUCAAAACAUUUUCAAAAAAUUACAAUAAGUUCUGCAGUCCAUAGAUUUAUAAAUAUGUUCACAUUUUUUAUUCUUCACUCAUUGCACAAUGUAUUAAAAAGUUUGUGUCUGUGGGGGGUUGGUGGGGGGGGGGGGAAGAAUGCUGUAUGUCUUAAAGUUAAUUAUUGAAAUGAAUUUAUUUUCAUCAAAAUGAGAAUAUUUUACAAUAUGUGACAGGAGACUUUUCUUGCCCAUGUUUAAUUAAUUAACUUACAGUGUAGAGAGGCUACACAUUAGCUUACAAUGUGAUGAGGCUACAAAUUAGCUUACAAUGUAAUGAGGCUACAAAUUAGCUUACAAUGUGAUGAGGCUACAAAUUAGCUUACAAUGUGAUGAGGUGCCAAAUUAGCUUACAAAGUUAUGAGGUGACAACUUAAUUUCUCUAGAACUGUCUCUAGUCAUUUUUUUUUUACAUUUUGGUAAAGUUUUAUUCCCAGCCAACACAUUAUCAUUGCCUUCAUUUGGAACAUUCCUUAACGUCCAAUGCUUUCACUUCAAAACAAAACAACAAAAAUUGAAGAAAGAAUUUUUGUGGCUUAACACUAAAAGUCAACCCCCUGGAAAUUUGGUCAGAUCCUCAAUUUGUAUUGCAGGUGACAGUCAAGCUUGACAUUCUGGUAAUCCAAGCUCCUAGGUUUGUUUGCUUGAAGGGUUAGGCAGGUGUUAUCAAAUUGUUAUUGAUGGCUCUGUGUCAUCUCCAAUGUACGUCUUGCCAUGCACUGCCCCAGACACGACACUUAAUUUACCUGUGUUAAGAAAAAAGAUUAUCUCAGUUCAUUAAUAUAUUGGAUAUAAAGGGAAAUUGAAAUAUUUCCUUGCACGUCAUUGAACAUUGUCUUCUGCAGGCUCUCUGGUGUCCAUCUUUCUAAUAACUUAAUGCCAACGUGUUUUAUUUUACCUGUAAGUGUACAGUAUUUUAUCACUACAGGAAAUUGACAAACCAUUCAUUACCAGGUCAUUUAACUAGCUACCUGUAGGUAAGAGACAUAUAUGUUAGUGUUGAUCAUUUACAGAUUAUGCUCAUUGGAAAAAUGCAGCAAAUCAGUUCAACCCUGAUACUUCUUUCAAUAAUUUAUAGAUAAUGUUUGGCAAGAUCUUUGUUAUAUUUUGGGGGGAUGAAAUAGCCUUAAUUUGACCAAACUCAUUGAAUUCCCCAAAUGAAAUACAUGUACCAUGGCACUCCUCUAAAGAAGCAAGACUAUCCAGCAAAGAAAAUAUACUCUAUAAAUUAAAAUUUAUAUUUCCUAAAAAAAUAAAUGAUAAAAAUAUUGCAGUUUUAUUUCAUGCACAAAGAUUGCAACAGACAUUGCCAGGAGACAUAGUAUUUAGGCAUCUUGUUCACAAUUUGUUUGGCAUGCAUAUACAGUCAGCAAAUACAGUUAACCUUUGAUUUUGUUCAUAUUUCAAUUGUGAAUUGUUAUGCCACGCUAGUCAUGAUAGACAAAGAAUGAUCUAGGCUAGUAGUCUCCAUUUUUUACCAGAUCACAAAUACCCUGGUGCAUUUCAUUAUAGAGCCAAUCAAAUAUCCCAUUGUGCACUUCAUUAUAUAACCAAUCAAAUAUCCCACCGUGCACUUCAUUAUGUAGCCAGAUCUCUCGUCAGCCAAACUCUGCUGUCACACAGUUAUUAAAAUAUGGAAUCAAUUUCGAGACAAUGACGUGGGGGUACAUUUAAUUAUCUUCACCCUUUACUUAUCUUCACCCCUUACUUGGGCUAAGAAUACCUUCAUACCUCACCACUUACUGGGGCCGAGAGCACCUUCAUACCCCAGCACUUACUGGGGCUGAGAGUACCUUCAUACCUCACCACUUACUGGGGCUGAGAGUACCUUCAUACCUCACACCUUACUGGGGCUGAGAGUACCUUCAUAUCUCACCACUUACUUCUUUCUGGGACUGGGAGCAACUCCAUAAACUUACUUCUUUCCGGGACUGGGAGCACUUCCAUACGCUCACCACUUAAUUGGGACUGGGAGCACUUCCAUACUCUCACCACUUAAUUGGGACUGGGAGCACUUCCAUACUCUCACCACUUACUUGGGACUGGGAGCACCUUUUCGAGUUAAACCUCUGACUGCAUUCAUUGGCUUUUAUUCGCCGUGUGACUGUGCUUAGUGUGGUGUGUCCCCAGCUGUAGACACCAUUAACGUCCCGUGUCAUUGUGUCAGCAAUCACCUGGUAGGUGUUUAUAGAUUCCAUUCAGUGUUGUAUAUUUAUGUUGACAAACGUGAUAUUAUACAGACCCCCGACCAAUUCACUCGCCUCACGAUCUAUUCAUUGGCGGCAACAAUCAAGUUGAACCAAUCCUAUCACCACACCUAAUGACAGUGAUGAUCAAUUCUGAUUGUUUCAUUUUAUUGUACACUUAUUUUCAUUGCUGUAUAAAUUUGUUGUUUUUCCCGCUUGUAUUGAUUUGUUGUUUGUAUGAUGAAUAAUAUCAUAAUCUAUUGUUUACAAAAGGAAGAUUUAAUAAAACUUGUUUUUAGCAAAUUUUUAAUUUCAAUGCCGUCCAGUGUUACAUUUUUCUUCUUCUUUUAGUACCGGU